CUCCUGGCCUGCGUCUGGCUUAGCACAGAGGACACGCAGACCCUGAGGAGUGUGGGUGAGGCAGACACAGCACCGCAGGACUUGAAGAUGGGCCCAAGUGGGGAGAAAUGUGACCCCAAAGCAAAGCAGGAUUUGAAAGGACAGAUGGCACUUCUUCCAGCCAAUAAGGAUCUCAUUUGCACAGGAAAGAAGGAAUUUAAUGUUCUGCUGAAUCAGCAGGUCCUCGGCGAUCCAUUUCUAUCUGAGGAGGCCAUGGAGAUCGUCCUGGAUGACUGGGUGAACCUGUACGCCAACUAUUACAAGCCGCAGCUGACCGGGGAGCAGCAAGAGCAGGACAGGGCUCUGCAGGAACUUCAGCGAGAGCUGAAGGAGCUGGCCAAACCCUUCCUGCACAAAUACAGGGACUUUCUCAAGUCCCAAGAGCACCAGACAUCUUCCUCCUAGCCCCAGAGCCAGACUCCCCAGCUCACAGACAACCCCUCUGGCUCUGCGACCUUCCUGACUUGAGCAUGUGCCUUCAGGAUGUCAAUAAAAACCGGUAUUGGUUUC